CGAGAUGAAUGCUCUGGAAGCCUCCGAGGCCUCCCCGGGCCUGACAUUCAGCCCCAUCUCACACCCCUCCCGCCUGCCUCCACAGACAAGGUGAACCGGGAAUCAGUACGCUCCAUCCAGAAGAGCAUCUUCACCUUGUGCCUGGACGCCCCCAUGCCCCGGGUCUCAGACGAUGUGUACCGCAGCCACGUGGCCGGCCAGAUGCUGCACGGGGGCGGGGGCAAGCUUAACAGUGGCAAUCGCUGGUUCGACAAGACGCUGCAGUUCAUUGUGGCAGAAGAUGGCUCCUGUGGGCUUGUUUAUGAGCAUGCAGCAGCAGAGGGCCCCCCCAUCAUUGCCCUUGUGGACCACGUCAUCGAGUUCACGAAGAAGCCCGAGCUUGUGCGGUCCCCCAUGGUGCCCCUGCCCAUGCCCAAGAAGCUGCGGUUCAACAUCACCCCCGAGAUCAAGAGUGACAUUGAAAAGGCCAGGCAGAAUCUCAGCAUCAUGAUCCAGGACCUGGACAUCAUGGUGAUGGUGUUCCACCACUUUGGAAAAGACUUCCCCAAGGCGGAGAAGCUGAGCCCCGACGCCUUUGUCCAGAUGGCCCUACAGCUGGCCUACUACCGGAUUUACAAACAGGCGUGUGCCACGUACGAGAGCGCCUCCCUGCGCAUGUUUCACCUGGGCCGCACCGACACCAUCCGCUCCGCCUCCGUGGACUCGCUGGCCUUCGUCAAAGCCAUGGAUGACCCCAGCGUGUCGGAGCACCAGAAGGUGGAGCUGCUGCGGAAGGCCGUGCAAGCCCACCGAGCCUACGCCGACCAGGCCAUCCGCGGGGAGGCCUUCGACCGGCACCUGCUGGGCCUGAAGCUGCAGGCCAUUGAGGACCUGGUGAGCAUGCCCGACAUCUUUAUGGACACCUCCUACGCCGUCGCUAUGCACUUCAACCUCUCCACCAGCCAGGUCCCUGCCAAGACAGACUGUGUCAUGUUCUUUGGGCCCGUGGUCCCAGAUGGCUAUGGCGUUUGCUAUAACCCCAUGGAGGCUCACAUCAACUUCUCCGUGUCGGCCUACAACAGCUGUGCCGAGACCAACGCAGCCCGCCUGGCGCACUACCUGGAGAAGGCACUCCUGGACAUGCGCGCACUGCUGCAGAACCACCCUCGGGCCAAGCUGUGAGCCCCCUGUGCUCAGGCCUGCCGGCGCCACAGCCACGCCCACCCCGGGAGUGGGCCGCCCACCAACGUUCCGCGCCUUUGCUCCCUCCCCACCGGACCCUGCAGAUCUGACUAAUGCAGGGCCUGCAGGCCUGAGCCAGGGCCUUCCAUGGGGUCAUCCCCAGCAUUUGCUGGGCCCAGAUCCUGGGCUGAGUUCAGAGGCUGAGUAGGACGGAAGGCCCUGGCGCCCAGCGCGUCACCCAUGAGCCCACCUCCAGGGGAAGGAGCCCAAAGAGCCCGUCCCUCGCUAGGGCAGCAGACUGGGAAGUCCUUUUCUUGCUAGCUCAG